CUGCUGAGGUACCGGUCCUUCGCCAUCCUCUUCCUCACGCCGCUGCUGCUACUGCCGCUGCCGGUCGCCGUGCCUACGCGGGAGGCCAAGUGUGCAUAUAUCAUCAUCAUCAUGGCUGUGUACUGGUGCACUGAAGUGAUCCCACUGGCUGUUACCUCCCUCAUGCCUGUGGUGUUUUUCCCUCUGCUUGGAGUCCAGAGCUCUAAAUCCGUGUGCUUGCAGUACCUAAAUGACACAAACAUGCUCUUUGUCGGAGGGCUGAUUGUUGCAAUUUCUGUUGAACAGUGGAAUCUUCACAAAAGGAUUGCACUGAGGGUCCUGCUGAUUCUUGGGGUGAAACCUGCACUCCUCAUGCUGGGAUUUAUGGUAGUCACUGCCUUCCUGUCCAUGUGGAUAAGUAACACAGCCACCACUGCUAUGAUGGUUCCCAUUGUCCAGGCUGUCCUGGAUCAAAUGGACAACACAGAGUACGAUGUGACCAUGAUGGAACAAGCAACUGGGCAAACAAGUACAGUGAUUGAGCUGGAGGAAAAGAAUGCAUCAGAUCCCACUUCAGUACAUGGUAAGAGCCUACUCAGCAGUGAGUUGAUUCUACUCCGCACGCGGGGAGAAGAAGGAGGAAAAAUGAGGAAGCGUAUAUGUAAGGGAAUGACACUUUGUGUAUGCUAUGCUGCCAGCAUUGGAGGAACUGCCACACUCACUGGAACAGGACCAAACAUGGUAUUGAAAGGCCAGAUGAAUCAGUUGUACCCCAACAAUAAUGAUGUUGUGAAUUUUGCUUCCUGGUUUGGGUUUGCAUUCCCAAACAUGAUUCUGAUGUUGAUACUAGCAUGGCUUUGGCUACAGUGCUCCUUCAUGGGACUAAACUUUAAAAAAAGCUGGGGCUGUGGAACAGAGAGAACUGCUAAAGAAAAGGCUGCAUACAACGUGCUGAAGGCAGAAAUGAAGAAAUUAGGCCCUAUCUCUUAUGCUGAAUUCAAUGUCCUCCUAAUGUUUGUUUUGCUGGUUCUCCUGUGGUUUUCCAGACAUCCAGGCUUUGUAAAAGGCUGGGCCACCAGCCUCUUCCCAGAAGGAGAAAAGUAUAUCACUGAUUCUGCUCCUGCUGUGUUUAUUGCCCUACUACUGUUCAUUCUUCCUGCUAAUAAACCCAAAUUCAUAGGCUGGAAUCCAAGCAUAUCUGACCCUGAACAGACCGAAGAAGAUAUAAAAAAGCCAUUUUUAUCAGCCCCGCUGCUAGACUGGAAUGUGGUUCAGAGGAAGAUGCCCUGGAGCAUUGUGCUGCUGCUGGGAGGAGGUUUUGCUUUGGCUGAUGCAAGCGCAAACUCUGGGCUCUCAGCUUGGCUGGGUCAUCAAAUGACUCCACUAGGAUCUAUCCCACCGUGGGCCAUUGCGACAGUACUUUCGCUUAUUAUAGCCGUCUUCACCGAAUGCACCAGUAAUGUUGCCACAGCCACCCUCUUCCUUCCUGUCUUUUCAUCCAUGGCUGCAUCUGUCAAGAUCCAUCCUUUGUAUGUCAUGCUGCCUGGUACUCUCAGUGCUUCCUUCGCUUUCAUGCUACCUGUUGCAACACCACCAAAUGCGAUAGUGUUUUCCUACGGCCACAUCCGUGUUUUGGAUAUGGUUAGAUCUGGAAUAGUGAUGAACAUCAUUGGAGUCUUCUGUGUCACGCUGGCCAUUAACACAUGGGGAAGACCUAUGUUUGAGCUGGACACAUUCCCAUCCUGGGCAAACAGCACAACUAACCAGUGAGCAGUGAAGAAUUCUUGUGUUAAACAAGGAAAAGACCCUUGAUAUUACUCCCUGUUGCUCAAAGCAUUAUUUAGAGUCUCAUCACCACUUCAGAUCGAGUGUCAGGUGUUUGCUGCCUUCCCAGAACCACACAUCAGUUCAGGAAUGAACAACUCAAAUUUACUCCAGUUGUGCU